AUGCGGUGUGCCUUCAUCCUGCUGAUGGCAGCUUUGUGCGCUCGAGCCGACGAGAUCUGCCUUACGUCUGAAGAGGACCCAUAUUUGCUAUUCGGAACGAAGACCGCGUACAUCUUCUCCAAUCGUGGCAUCCCAAACGCUAAGGCACAUGAAGUACCAGGAUGCCAACCCGUAGCCUUUUGGCUCCUCAGUCGUCACGGCUCGCAUAACCCUGAAGCUAACGAGACUGCUGAACUCCAACAACUGGUCGAUCUAAAGAACAACAUCGUCACGAACUACAAGAAUGGAAACUUCAGGAACACUAAUCAUCGAAUCUGCACGGCCGACUUUAACUUGCUGGAACGAUGGAACUGGAAACAGAACAGCAGCACGGCCGGCGAUCUCACCAGCGACGGAUACGUGACGACGCAGCAGUUGGCACAGGCCUGGAAGCAGCGGUUCCCUGGACUAUUGACGCCGAACACUUACAACUAUUUGUUCAAAUUCGUCGAAGAACCACGUUCUAGCAACUCGUUUAGAGCGUUCUCGGAAAGUUUAUUCGGAGGCCAGAACGAAGGUUUCGAUGCACCCAAAGAGAACGACGAAAAACUGCUAAGGCCACUCAAGUACUGCGACGCUUGGAAGAACCAAGUCGACGAGAACAACAAGACUCUAGAACAGAAAAACAUAUUUGAAUCGAAGCAAGAAUAUAAAGAGAUGAUUUCGAACGUUUCUCUGAGGCUGGGCUUCAACUAUGACCUACAGAAGAACACAGUAUUGAGCAUCUACCAGAUGUGCCGAUACAACAAGGCUUGGGACGUGACGCAGAUCUCGCCCUGGUGCGCUGCGUUCACGCGUGAAGACUUAAAACGCUUGGAGUACGCCGAGGAUUUGGAAACUUAUUACAAAUACGGUUACGGAUCCACAGUCAGUGAGAAAAUCGGCUGUAGCAUUAUUAAGGACAUGGUUGACUUCUUCAAGAACCACGCUGAACGGGAGUUACGACAACAACCAAAAGCCAUGAUCCAACUGACGGACUACCCGAUGAUCCUGAUGGCUCUGACCAAGCUGGGGUCGCGGCAGGACCCGGCCCCCAUCACGGGAGACAACUACCACACAAACACCGCGCAGGCCCGCAAGUGGAGCUCCUCCAACAUGGUCCCAUUUAAUGCUAACAUAGCUGCUGUUUUGUACAAGUGCACUACGAAUGGAAAUUUCCAGAUCAAAGAACAGUACCAAGUCUUGUUCUUGGAGAACGAGAAGCCAAUGAACAUUGAAGGUUGUUGGGUUGGACUCUGCGAUUGGUCGGCGGUUAAAUCGAAAUUCGAUCCAGACAAAUGCGAUCUUCAGUUCUGUAACGCGGCCGCACGAUCGACUGGCUUCGUUAGUCUUAUUUUAACUGUGAUUUUAUUCUGUAUCAAUCGUAAUUAAUGGUUACUUAAAUUUAGACUUUACGGUUAUGAAGCUAAAAUUCACGAUCGCAUCAAUAAAUAGUCUUGUUCUUAUCCAAUUAGGUGAUAUGACACGAUUUUUUUGGAUCAACACAUUUAUGAAUUAUCUUCGAAAAAUCCAUUAAUUGAAUUAUUUCAGUAGUGAGUUAGGUUUGUUUGAGCUGAGUGAGCUUACUUUGGCCGUUUACCAAUUACAGCACAAGAGCGCAUUAUGCGGCAUAAUGCUCAACUAAGCUUCAGCAUAAUUCGGCAUUGUGCGUCACUGAGUCGCAUUAUGCUCUGUAAUUGGAAAACUACCAUUAAAUAAUGGUUAAUUACUACCAUUAAAGUAAUGGUCGCAUUAUGCUCUGUAAUUGGAAAACUACCAUUAAGUAAUGGUUAAUUACAGAGCAUAAUGCGGCUCAGUGAUGCACAAUGCCGAAUUAUGCUGAAGCUUAGUUGAGCAUUAUGCCGCAUAAUGCGCUCUUGUGCUGUAAUUGGAAAACGGCCUUACUCGCCCGAGCGAAGCUAGAAUAGACCCCAGACAUUAAGUGUAUAAUCUAUGCCCCAGACUACUAGCGAAUAGGUAGGUAAAAAAAAAGAAUAAAGACACCCUACUGGGCAGCCAUGAUUAUUUGCAUUACGUAAUAAAUUAGAAGUUUGACAUUUAAUUCCAAAAACCUUAAUUCGAUUGCACUUCCUUUGCGAUUAUAACGUAUUAUCGUAGUUGUUAAUCGUUUACGAUAUAAAUGAUAUAUUGUACCAGUAGAUUGUUACAUAUUAAAUGAAGUACUUAAAUGUUGGUUAGUUUUUUUGUGUAUUAAACAUUGUAAUUAGUAGACAGCGGCUUGGCUGUGCCGACGGUGAUCACUCACUACCAUGUAGGCCUUAUGCUCGUCUGCAUAUAUAAUGGCAAUAAUGGCAAUUUUUUUUUCUUCUUUUUUGGCUGUAUGCCUUGUUACAACACUACUCAAUCUAGAUUUCUGUGCUAUAAAAAAUAUGACGACAAUUAAAAAAACAUACCAACACUGCUACUAUUGUAUGUUUAAAUUAUUAGUUACUGUUAUGUUUUAUCAUCCUAUAGGUAACGUUUUUUUGCCUUCGCUUUUGUGUUUUAUUUUAUUUUAUACAGUUGAUUUUUGUACAUUCAAGUAUAUUAUUGUUGGAUUAACCUCAAAUAAAAUGUUAUGGAAA